AUAGUUGCCUUGUUGAUUGUUGACAUUCCAUUGUGAGGAAAGUACGAACCUCGGCGGCCGCUCAGCACCGCACAACACUCGCUUGUUUGUGACGCCUUGAGGCCGAGGAAAUGUAGUGCUGUGCUUCACGGUGCUCAGAAAUAAACGCGUAAUAAAGCUCCACUAGUGAAGGGUGUGAGGGAGGAGAAGGAUGGCAGACGAGUCCCUGGCAGCGGCGGGUCUGUACAUCGAUGAGCUCAACAAGAUCCGAGUGCUGGAGCCGGAGGUGGCCCAGGAGACGGCCGAGCUCAAGGAUGAAUGCAAAGAGUUUGUUGAUAAAAUCCGAGAAUUCCAUGAACGGGCCGACCAUUUUAUUCAGGUUGCCGACACCCUGAGUGAAGCGGUCGAAAAGGAAAAAAUGCGAGCCAUUGGCGCCAGAAACUUAAUCAAGAGCAUGAGCAAGCAGCGAGAAGCCAAGGAACAACAGCUCAUGGCACUCAUAGGAGAGAAGAAGCUGGAGCUGGAGCGUCUGCGUGUACAAUAUGAGUCACUUCGUCGCACAGAAGCCGAUCAACUAGAGUUUAUUGAGCAGUUUGUUUUGAGAAAGUAAGCAAGGGAGCUUUGGAAGGACCAUGGGCUCAAUAGCUUAGGUUAUUCAGUCAAAGAGGAAGGCAGUGAAUGAGUGAUCAAUACAUGAGUGUGAUGAACAUUGAGUUCUGAGUUAAAAUCCUGUCACUGUCAACUUUCAUCUGUCGCAGAAUGGUUGAAGAAAGAAAAAAUAAGCUCCUGGGAAAGUGUGAGGAAUAUAAAAAAAGGAUGAUCAUGGAUUAUAGAAUUCAUAGAUCUGGAGAUGUAGAAUAUGAUUAACAGGAAAGGACUGUGGGAAGUACUUUGCAUGUUUAGUGUAGGUUUGGAGAGCACUGAAGAGUUUUCUGUGACCAAACCAUGAGGCAAGCAAAGGGAAUGUAACUCCUAUGGUACAUGAAGAUACACACUAGAGCUAGGACAGCAUCACUGCACACAAUCAUUGGGUGCUAUGUAAAAAUUGUUUCAUUUUGUUUGGUCAACUUUAUUUUUGUGCCAGGAUAAUUAAUAAACAUCUGCUAUGACAUAAAUAAAGACUGAACUAAAAUUGGUGCAAUAUGUCCCUUUUAUAUGUGACUUGAUUAGUUAUGGCUGACAGUAAGUAAUGUUGAGCAGAUUUACAAAACUAACUUUACAUGUGAGAAAAAACAAAACAAAAAAGCAGUACAAGUAAAGAAGGAAGAGUUUAGUGCUAUCCUGCAUCAGUACUUGUGUUAGGGAAGGAUUUACAGUAGUGGGAGUUGUUUUCAACAGUAAUAGGGUGGCUAACAGUAGACUUCACCAUUCAAUUUAAUUGUCCAAUAAAAACACUUUAAAUGUUGUUGUUUUCUUAGAUUUUAUAAGCUUGAAAUUUGUCUUGCAAAAUACCAAACUGAUAUAAGAACAUUAAGUAUUACUUUUUGCUUUUUCUGUCCCAUGUACAGAAAACAAAUUUGUAGGUCUGAUGUUGGAAGUAAAGCCUGUAUGGUAAUUCAGACUUUCAAAGCAAGGUUUAAAGCUAAUAGCAUGUAGUUUAUGUCACCAAAACUAUUUAAAAAAUCUAAAAAUGUCAAACAAAAAAGCAUGGCACAGGAAUUCUAGAAAUGUGUCUUAUCAUUUUAAGAUAGCGAAGAAUUACAAUUUUUUUGUCCAAACAGAAAUUUGAGGUUGCACAUUCAUGCAUUAAGCCAAUCCAUCUUAUUUCCGAGUUAUUUAACAAAUAAAAUUAAGCACACCAGUUUUCUUAAACUCAUAAAAGUUUUACAUAUCCCUCACAAGAGAAAUGUGAUUAUAGUCUGUUCCAUCACCUCUGUCAAGUACAAUGCUCCACAACA